AUCUGGUUUAACAAGGUGUGAAGCUGAACUCUGUGACAGUGUGAGCAGUGUGAGAGUGUCAGUAGAUGAUCAGCAGAGGAAAGUGAAGCUGCUGUGAGCUGAUGUCCUGAAGGGCUUUUAAAGAGUCUCUGAGUUUGACAGGAACAUGAAGAUGUUUGUGGUGUUUGUGAUCCUCCUGCACGGUAAGUACACCUUCCUCUCUCUGCUCUCAUCAUCAUCUCUCUCUCUUUAAUGUGUUGAAGUGCAGCAGGAGGAGAUUUCCAUCAAACACUGGAUUCUGAUUCAGAUCAAACUAACAAUCCAAAGCAGCAACUUUCAAAUCAACUGGAUUCUUCUUGGUGGCUUUCAGAUGAGCUCAUGUUUACAAUCAGCUGCUGUGUGUGUGUGUGUUUGCUUCCUGUGUUUGUUGUACUGUCCUAUGAAUAAAUCAGAUUCCUGGAAACGUGCAAACUGUUAGUUUGUUUUGCUUAAGUUUGUAUUUGUACUACGACUGCUGUGUGUUGUUGUGUAGCUCUGUGCCUCCCAUCGUCUGUGGACAUUAAUAUUCUCAUGAGUGGAUCAGAAAGUCUAGUAAACUGUGAUUAUUAUUUUUUUACAAUAGUUUGAAUACAAUUACAGUAUCAGGUGUUUAUUUUGUGUAGGUUUGUACUUGUACUGCAAUGCUACAACAGUGUAUUUCAAGCAUUUAUAAACAACUUAACGUGUUCAUCACUUUAGCAUUUCCAGCGUUUUAAUCUUAGAUCUGUAGUUUAUAAUAAUAUCUCUUAGUUUUGAUGUUAUGUGAGUCUUAGAGUACUGCACAGAUGUGUGAUGAGGUCACACUUUAAGAGUUUGUUCUAUAAUUUCUUUGACCACCAGAGUCUCUGAUUAAAUCUGGUUUUUCAUGGAGAGACUAACUUUAAAAGUUGUCUCUUUCAUGCCUGCAGAUAAAUGUCAGUACGGUGCAAAACUGAAAGCAAGCAGUUAAUUUGUGUUUCUGUUUGUGUGUUCAUCACAGUUUCCCAGCAUGCCCUGGCUCUGGUGGUGGAGGUGAAUGAGGGGAAGAAUAUGUCCUGCUGCCCUGUCAGUACUCCGGGUAUCAUACCUGAGACAAAUCCCACUGUGACGUGGACUCGCAACGAUCUUGAUCUGAAAUCUGUUCACCUACGAGGAGAAGGAGGAGAUGAUCUUACAGGACAAAACCAGCGUUACAGCAGACGCACAUCAGUGAGGUCUGACGCUCUGGACACUGGAGACUUCAGCCUCACUCUGAGAAAACCAACAAAGACUGACAGCAGCAACUACAGCUGCUCCAUCAGCGAUGGAAGAGAGGAACAGAGAGUCAUAGACAUCCAGCUGAAGGUCAAAGACCAGCAGGUGAUUGUGAAGGUGGUAGAAGGAUCGGAGUCUGCCAUCUUGCCCUGCAAAACGACAGCUGACCUUUCACAGGAUGCCACAGUUGAGUGGACUCGCUCUGAUGUAGACUUCAUGUUGGUCCACGUGUACUCAAAGACACGUAACACCAUCAGGGAACAGGAUGGCUUUUACAGAGUCCGAACGAUGAUGAAUGAAGACCCGCUGAGAACUGGAGAUCUCAGUCUGACCCUGAAACACCCCACAGAUGGAGACAGUGGAGGAUACAUCUGCACCAUCUACAGGGACAAAGACAUCCUGAGACAGAAAGUAGUGCUCCAGGUCAAAGAACGAUCUUGGGCCAAAGCUCUCCUGGUUCUCCUGGUUCUUCUUGUGGUUUCUGGAGGACUUUUAUUUUAUUUCCGGCACUUUUUCAUGUCAGUUUACCAGGUGAUGGUGGAUUCAGGGGCAGAGUCUGUCCAGCUGCCUUGCAAAACGACAGCUCACUUGCCUCAAGAUGCUAAAGUUGAGUGGAUGGACAAAUACGACAGUAAAGUCCACGUGUAUGAGAACGGCUCGGACCAGCCUGAAGAACAGCAUCAGGAUUACAGAGACCGAACGAAGAUGAAUGAAGACCUGCUGAUAACCGGAGACCUCAGUCUGACCCUGAAACACCCCACAGACAGAGACACUGACACCUACACCUGCACCGUCUACAACAGGGAGGGAAACAUGCUGAUGAAGAAACAAGUGGAGCUGAAAGUCAGAGACAGCGAUGAGAUAGAUUCACCAGGGGUAACAGGGAACAACCACCCUGAAGACCUCAGUCUGACCCUGAAACACCCCACAGAUGGAGACAACUCCACCUACACCUGCACCGUCUGCAGCAGGGAGGGAAACAUCCUCAAGAAACAAGUGGAGCUGAAAUUCAGAGUCUGUCAGGUGGAGGUAGAGGAGGGGGUGGAGUCUGUCAAGUUGCCCUUCAAAACGACAGAAAACCUGCCUGAAGAUGCUGUAGUGGUAUGGAGGGACAGUGAUGACAGGAAGGUCCAUGUGUAUAAGAACGGCUCUGACCAGCCUGAAGAACAGCACCACGAUUACAGAGACCGAACGAAGAUGAAUGAAGACCUGCUAAGAACUGGAGACCUCAGUCUGACUCUGAAACAGCCCACAGAGAGAGACAGUGGAGUGUAUAAGUGUAUGGUCAACAGCAGCAGUAUCAUCCAAUACAAAAUAAUCCCGCUGAAAGUCAAAGGGAGAGUUCAGGUCCAGGAUCAAACAGGGGACAUCAGGAACAGAAGCAGCUCCAUUGAUCCGACUCCUCUGAUGGCUGAUCAAUCAGUUUGAUCUGUGUGUUCUUU